UUUUAUUCCUUUUUUUAUUUUUUUGAACCUUCUGAAUUAUCGGUUUUUAUUUCCAAUUAAAUGUUUAAUCUUGCUCAAAGACAUAGUACGGCAUUCGGCAUACAUACUGAUUGACAAAAUUAGAAGGAUCUGUGAACAUUGCGGUGAUUUACAAAAUCUGGAAAAUAUCGCGAAAAGAAGUAUUUCGUAGUUCAUCGAACUUCAUCCAGUCCAAUUACUUCUAAGUAUUCGUAUGCCUCCAAUGGUGCUCAUAUAUCACCUUCACUGACAAAGGCGACGGAAUUAUACUCGCACCUUCGAGCUUCGUAAACCUACAUAUUAUGAUAUAUUGGACCCGAAGAAGUAUCCCGAAAGAAUGUUCUCGCUGAUGCGAAUGGCGUAUUAGCGUAUUUUGCUGCUGGAAUGGCAUCCAGCGUGCAUUUUUGUCCAGCUGGAAUUCUUGCAUGGAUGCCGUGCUCUAUUUUGAAAACAAAUGUUUUCAGAAAAUUGUUAUUGCUCAGUCGAUCUGUCGGAUUCCCUCCCAAGAUCGUUAGCCGCGGAAAACUUCCGGCGCCCUGAAGACAUAUCUCGCCUCACCCCAUAUAUGGCACUGGACUGUAUGCCUUCGAUAGCGCGUUCAUCGGAGUAGAUCAGAGCGGAGAAAUCCAGUGGGUUACACUUGUUAUCUCGUGUAUUACUCCACUACAAAAAAAAUGGCACGUGGCAAGACCAUGGAUCCCGAUCUGGUGAAAGCGGUGUUCCGGCUGUAUCGCCAGGAGAACAGCACCAGCAAAGUGGACAAGACCUUCGGCAGGGCGUGCGGCUGGACGUACAAAAUCCUGCAGAAAUACGACGAGGAAACGGGAGAAAUCAAGGGCGGGCCGAAGCCGAAGGGCCGCCCCCGCAAGACCACCGCGGAGCAGGACCGGGAGGCCCUCGCCUACGUGGCACACCACCCGGAACUGAGCGCCGCCAAGGCCGCUUCCACCGUCCAGAUGCAUACCCGCACACUGCUGCGCCGCAUGCAGGAAUACAGUGGGCAGAAGAAGAAGGGGAGCAAAGCGCGACGGAAGUCUGCGGGACAAAGAACGCUGCCGACAAUGGCUCCCGAAACAAUAAAUUAGGAAUGUGGACGGGUGGGAGAUUGCCGAUCGCCAGCCAGAAUUGGGACGGUGGUUGUCAUGUUCUGUUGAUGGGUCGCCCUGCCAGCCGCCCUUGCUGGCUGCUGGAGUUUGAUGCAUUUUUGGCUUUUUCCUGUGGAACUUAUCGGCUUAGAUUUUGCUGUAUGUAUUGUAGCGACAGAAAUUAGAAUGUACCGCCAGUAGGAGUGUUAAUGGCUUUUCUCUACUGUUUAUUGGUUGUUGUGUUAUGAAGAUCAGAAUCCUAACUUUCCUACUUUUACCGACCGCAUCUCACGGUCGGAAACAUCUUGAAAUUAGUCUUGCUGGAGGCCGAGUUGGUGCAGCUUGCGCCCAAUCUUGCUCCGCGCCUUCCGCGCUUCUUGCCCCUGUGCUUAUGCAUUUCUUGCUACGCGCCUUCCGCUCUUCUUGCUCCCACGCUUAUACGUUCUUGCUCCUCAGCUUGCUUUGCUCGCUGAUUCUUUUUACGUUGUAUUUGCUAAUAAACACCUG